AUGGGAGAUGGAGGCUCCCUCCAGACCGAGGGGAACGCCCUCCUCAAAGCCGUCUUCCAGGGGAAGCUGAGGCUGACCCGCCUGCUGCUGGAGGGCGGAGCUUACAUCAAUGAGGGCAACGAGCGCGGUGAGACUCCCAUCGCCGCCGCCUGCUUAGCGAGCUACGACGACCCGCAGACCCGCCACAGGAUGGUCCGCUACCUGCUGGAGAAAGGAGCCGACCCCAACAUCCAGGACAAGAGCGGGAGGACGGCGCUGAUGCACGCCUGCGCCGAGCAGGCGGGGAAGGAGGUGGUGUCCCUGCUGCUGGAGAACGGAGCUGAUCCCAGCCUCAAAGACUACUCCGGGUCCUCUGCCCUCGUUCACGCCAUCAACAAGGGGGACCGCGACACCCUGCAGGUCCUGCUGGACGCCUGCAAGGCCAAAGGCAAAGAGGUGAUCAUCAUCACAACAGACACGUCUCCGUCUGGCACCAAGAAGACGAAGCAGUACCUCAACUCUCCUCCCUCGCCGGGCGUCGUGGACAAGUUGUCCCCGGCCUGCAUGUCCCCCUCCGAGGUCGAAAUCGGCACCUCCUCGCCGGCCGGAGACGACGAGGGGAUCUUCAGCUUCGCGCUCACCUCAGCUUUGCCCUUACCUUCCGCUCGGCCGCCUGGAGAGAAGCGACCGCCGCCUCGUAAGCUGCUGAAGAGGCUGAAUUCGGAGCCGUGGGGUCUGGUGGCGCCCUCAGUGCUGAGCGGGGUUCCUCAGGAGCGGGGGGGUGGAGGUCUGGAGGAGGAGAGCGGCUGCGAUCUGAGCAAGACCAUCGCGGAGAUAAACGGCCUAACCAUUACAGAACCUGCGAGACCUCUGUUGUCAAGGCGACACAGUAUCGAGACCCACGAUCCCAGUUCCCCGAAGCUCAUCGACCGGUCCUGCUCUGAGGACUGUGCAGCCCUCGCUGGUUCCUCCUGGGCCGACAAGGUUCAGCAGCACCAGAUCCUUUACCGCAGGAACACGGCCCCGGAGUCCCAGGAGAACGCUGGGGGGCCGGGGGCGGUUGCUGCCCGGGCCCUGGCUCACCCCAAACUGACCCGGAUGGAGCACUACGAGUCGGACACCCACCUUUGCCCAGAGUCCAUCCCAGGAUCUCCUGACUCUGGUCGGGUGUCUGUGGAGCGGAGGAGGUACAACGCGUCCCCCCUCUCCCUGGUCACCAGCUCCUCCAGGGAGUCUCUGGAGAACAUCCCCAACUCAGUGUCCCCAAUCACCAUGCGCCGGCGUCCCCCAGGACUGCUGGAGCGCCGGGGCUCCGGGACUCUCCUACUGGACCACAUCUCCCACACCAGACCCGGCUUCUUGCCUCCGCUCAACAUCAACCCCCAUAGACCGAUCCCAGACAUCCGGGCCAACGGCAAACCCACCUCCCCUGUCCACUCUGGGCACAAGAUCCUGGUCCCCGUGGCCCCGGCUUCGCCCAAACGGGGGCCCGACUUCAAGAUGAAGAAGAAGCUGAUGAGGAGACACUCGAUGCAGACGGAGCAGAUGAAGCAGCUCUCCACCUUCCAGGAGAUUCUGGCCGAGAAGGUGGUCGAGUCCAACGGGGAUUGA